GUUAACUGCUAUCUGUAACUUUCUAUGGCUGCAAUACUAUGUAAAAAUCUGAGGCUUAAACUGGCUCCCUGGUAGCCAUGGCAGCAGAAGAGAAGGCGGGUGUCGGUCGGGCCCCGGCUUGUCUGUGUGUCCUCUGCGGGCUACCUGCCACAGGGAAGUCCACUCUGGCCCGCACGGUGCUCAGCGCCGCUGCACAGCACGGAUGGAGAGCCACUGUUGUGCCGUACGAUGACCUGAUCCCGGAGCAUGCUUUUCAGACCAGAGCUGUGGAGGACGGAGUCGCACUGCAAGAUGUGCACACUGAAUGGAAGUUACACAGACACGCUGUGCUGCAGUGCAUUGAGCAGUUCAUGAAGAAACCUGAAGUGUUGGCCGAGCUGCCAAGCAAAUGUCAGAUCAACAGGGCUGCGUGGGAACAAUGCAUUCACACUCUGCUGCAGCCUGAAGGUUUGGACCACUCUUGUGCUGACCGGACUCCACUUCUCUUUCUACUGGAUGACAACUUCUACUAUCCAAGCAUGAGAUAUGAAGUGUACCAACUUGCAAGAAAGUUUGCCCCUUUGGUUGAAUUACUCAGUCAGUUGUCUUUGCAGAUUCACUGGGGUUUGGAGUCAUGCAUCAGCAGAAACCAGAGCAGGUCUGAGCCCAUUCCCACUGAGGUGAUAUUAGAGAUGGUGAAGCGCUUGGAGUCUCCAAAUCCACAGAAGAACCCAUGGGAGACAAAAAGCAUUUACCUCAACACUACAGACAAUUUGUCCAAAUGUGACAUCCAGAAGGUAAUGGAGUUGAUCUCCUCUGCACUGAGCAACCCGCUGAGCCCUGUAGAGGACAACACUGAACAAAAGGAAGCCGCCCGUCUGAAAUGUGCCUCUAGUGUGGUCCACCAGGCUGACCAGGCCUGUCGACGCCUGAUCUCUGAGGCCAUGAAGACUGCCAGAGAAAAUCAAGUGUCCUCUGGACACAUGAGGUCUCUGGCGACCCAGCUGAAUGAAUCCAAAGCAACAUUUCUUCACAACCUGCGAAAACAGUUGCUUCAGGAAACGUCGCUCACUCAAGAAGAGGACUUUGAUGUGGAACGUGUGGUGAAAAGAGCAGUGGAUGUUUUCAACCACGAGAAAAAGGAGAUCUUGCUGAGAAUCAUAAAUGACCAUAAAUGACUUUUUUCCACAAAGCAAUAUUUAAUUGCAUCCAGUCAUUAGUGAAUGUGUGUAAUUUGUAUUUAAUUAAAUGUAAAUAAAAUGCUGGUUACCUCAGUUCUUGGAACAUUGUGGCAUCAUUUUAUUUAGAAAGAAAAACUUGAAAGAAAUAUUUUUUAAACACUCAAUAAGCUACUGUGUAGUGGCCAUGUAUGUGGUUUCUGCAAAUAUGGUGUGAAGUGUUGAUCAGAUAACAUCUUGUUUGUCAGGAUACACGUGAUAUGAGUUUAAAUUGAUAAGAGCCCAUUAAUCUCAAAGUUACUAUCUUCUGUCCAAAAUAAGUUAAUCACAUACAAACAACUUAACCAACUGAAUAAGUCUUUACUUUAGACCAAGAUUACAAAUACUCUUAUUAUUAUUUCCACAAAAUCAGAAACUACUACUUAAAAUAAAAAGUAACAUUAUUUCACAUUACAUCAUAACAGGGUUACCCUGGAUCUUUACAGUGCCUCAACAUCAGUUACUACACACUUAAAAUGUGGCUACAUUGAAAUUUGAUUUUGUACUAAAAAUUGAUAUAUACGGUACAACAAAGCUACUCAAGACAGUUUAUAAAUAGUUGUAGAAAAUGGUAUAAAUUAAUUAAAAAAAAAAAAAAAAAAACUUAAAU